GGCCGCCUCCCCAGAGUUGUAACUUGCUUGGAUUGAGAGUGUAAUGACACAAGUGGAAGUGGGCAUAGCAUAGCCUAGGGUUUUGUUUCUUGUCGGCCAUGACGGAGCAGCGGGAGGAGGGGAGCUGGGGAUGGGGGUCGUGGGGCUUUGCAGCUCUUGCGGAUCUGCACAAGGCAGCGGAAGGCAUCUCCAAGAAUGCCGUCGAGGCAGCCAAAGGAGCGGCCAAGGGCAUGGCUGAUUUGCAGUCGACGCUGGCUGAAUCGCUCACGGACAAAGCCGAGGAGACUAGUGCCAAGGAUGCGCAAGGCGCAGACGAAGAUUCUCCCAGCGACAAGCUACGCAGGGAUGCGCUCAAGAGGCUGGAGGGUGCCAGUAGGGAUUCCAGCAUCGGCCACGGUCUCAAGGUCUUGGACUCUUCCAUGGAGAACUUGGCGUCCGAGGCAUACCAGGCUUUGGGAAAUGCCUGGAAAGGAGGGAUGAGCUUUGUCCACAGGAUUGAGAGCUCGGCCGAAGUGUUUGCGGGUAGCGUUCACAGCGAGGGCCUGAGCGCCAAGGCAAGUGCUCUUGCUCCCAAGCUCAUCCAGAGCGGCAGGGAGUUGACCGCCAAGAGUCUCAAGGCUUUGGAGUUCGUGGGGAAGGAGACUCUGGAUAUUCUGGCGCUCGACGGCGUUGGGGACCAAGCAGAAAACCGACAGAAUGCAGCAGAAGAUGCAAGUUUUGACCACUGCUUCUACAUUUACGGGGGUCCAGAACAUCUCGAGGAACUGGAGGCUCUUUCCAGUCACUACGCACUGGUCUGCAACCGAGCAAAAUCAAAAAUGUCUACGGAAGAGCGCGCUGCUUUCGACGAGCUCUGCAAGCAGGUUCCUCGCGUGUUGAGUCUUGGAGAUGGUGGUGACUGCUCCGCCGAUGGUGAUAAAGGUAAGAAAAUUGGAGCAGAAUCGCUGCUAGAUGGAAGUGAGGUGAAGUCACUACGUGAAGCUGGUGUCAGUAAAGCUGCGGAAAUGGCGACUAGCUUUACCACCACACUCGAAGGAUUGGCUGUCAGUGAGGUUAUACAGAAGACGUGGGAUCGCAUAGAAGCGAUCAAAGCAGAAGGCGUCCACAGACUAUCGGAGCUGUGCGCCGUUUGCAUGUCGCACCUCGUGCUAUUGAGCAGGUCCCUCCGGGAAGGCAACUCAGAGGAAUCAGGAGCGAAAGAAAGCGAUGGCCGCGAGUUUGAAUGGCCCAAGGACUGCUUAAGCAAAGCUCUUGUGGUCAGGAGCCGGGCGCUCAAUAUGGUUACUGAUAUGGAAGCAAUUUCAGACAGCUUUGUAACGGGCAUUGGGGACGUUGUAGCAGCGUUUCAGGCUGCCAAGAAGAAAGUGAUCGAGGAGCAAGCUCCCGCCUCUGCGAGGUACCAGUCUAUUGAGGACAAGGCUCGCGCGCUGUGCUGUGACCUUCAGAGCGAUGGAAGUGCUGCCGUCGGGAAGUUGCAACACGGUCUUGAGCAGCUUAUGUUCGUCCUCGUCUCAACGGCUGUCAGGAAUUGAUGUGUUAAAAACAAGGAAUGUGAAUAUUCUUCGCAUUAAAA